AAUAAUAAGAUAAAGUAAAGGAGAGACCAGUUAACUGUAAUUUAAUUUACAUAAAAAAUAAUUAAAGCUAAAAAUUUCAAGUUCUUUGCUUUACUUUUGAUAUAGUAGAAAAAAAGAAUUAGGUAAAUAAACAAAAAAUAUUAAUAGAUAAAUAGAUAGUAAGUAAAUAUGUCUUCUAGAUAUUUACAUCCUGAAAGUUAAAAGAGGGUUCAGUCAAAGAGCAAAGCAUCUCUAGAUGAUUUUGAUAGGCAAACUCUUUAUAGCAAAAUUAUGGUUAAUUUAGGUACUAAUCCAUUUAUGGACACCAUUUAAUCCCCUAGCUGCUCUUCUAUUUAAGACUACAUUAGCCAUUAUGAUGAGAUUAAUAAUAAUAUUAGACAAAAUGAAAAAAAUGUUGAAACAGCUGUAUUAAAAAAAAACUAAUUGAAUGAAUAUCUUUAAAAGCCUUCAAGCCGUAUUUCAAAUAACUCGCCACAUUCAGCAAAACCUUCUGGGCCUUUUUAAAAAAAAAACUUAAAAAAACUUUUAAAUAAAUCGAAAAAAGAUUAAACUAAUUCAGACUAUGAUUUUACAAUGCAAGACUCAAUUACUGAUGAAAAUCCAAACAUUGAAACAAAAGUUUAAGAGCUCAACAAUAACUAGACCUGCAACUUUACAAAAUUUGAGAUAUUGAAAAAAAAAACUGAUAAACUAAAUAAUGAAGGUAAUUAUGGUAAUAGUGGCAAUAUUACUAUGAUAAAAAAACCACCUCUUACUAGUUAAGAAUCAGCUUAGAAUACUUAGUCAACACAAGUAUUUCUUAACUCACCUUGCAUAAAAACUAUUGAAAAGACUCAAACACCUAAAUCAUACAAAAUAAAUAUGGAAGAUUUAAGCUAAAAUAAUUUAUCUCCGUUCCAGUAUGACUAAGGCGUGAUGAAUACCAAUAACUCAUAAAAAAGCAGCAUGUUUUUAUAAAAAACUAAUUUAAGUAAUCUGCAAGUUGAUAAUCUUAUAGAAAACUAAGAAAUAAAUAGUUAGCAAAAUGUAAAAAAUUUAAAUUUAUUAGGUGCAGUUAAUGAACUAAAAAAAGUUAAUUAAAUACCAACUGAUACAAAUCAGCUUUAAAAUCAAUACAAUUUUUGCACUUAUCAACAAACUAACUAAAGUUAAAUUAAUUUCUAAUCCUAAAAUAAUUAAAUUAUUAAUUCGCCAAUUUUAUAAUCCAGUUAGGUUUUAUAAAGUCAACAAUAAAUAUAUUAAAGCAUGUUUUAGACAUCAGUAAACUUUCAAUAAAAUAACCAACAAUUAAAAUAUAGUGAAAGCAACUAGGAAACAAACAAAAAUAUUCCAGUUUGUUAAAAUUUUCUUAAUUAAUUUGAAAAUUUGUAAAAAUUAAAUUCUCCUGAUAACAUAAAUAAUUUCUAGAAUAAAUAAGAGGGUUUAUAUCUUUCAUAUUAAUAAUGUUAAGCAAAUGAGUUUGAUAGCAUCUAAUCACCAUAAAAAUAGGUCACAAGCAAAUAAAUCAGUUUAGAUGAUAGAAUCACACAUUUUAACCAAUCUAAAAAUGAAUUGAAUAACAACAUAACAGUGUUCAAUAGCGGUGAAGCUGCUUUAUAUUAAAAUAAUUUAGGGAUUAGCUAAUACCCUAAUCCAAAUAAAAAUAUAACUAUUUCUUCUAACUUAUCUCUUUCAACUCAUCAGCCAAGGUAAUAUUAAAACACAGCUUAACCUUAUUACAACUAAAUGAGCUAAAUUCAUAACCAAGGAUAAAAAAGAAGUGAUAAUAAUUUCAAUAAUUACAUGAGUUAACUGAGCUAAGAUAAUAUAAACCUAAAUAUAGAAGAAAAGAGUGGUAACAAAUUUAACUAAAAUGAAGGCAAAAUAAACUCAAUAUCUUAUCAAAAUCUUAAUUAAUUAAAAUAAUCUUAAAUAAGUAAUCUUAACAAUACAAUCAACAACAGCUAAAUGUUCAGCAUAAUCUCUAAUUCUAAUAUGAAAGAUCCCUCUUAACUCAAUCAUCUAGAAUAACUGAAUUUGCUUCAAAUAUAACAAAAACUGGCAGAUAAUAAAAAUAAAAUAGAAGAUAUAUCACUUAAAAUAAAUGCUUAACUAAAUAAUUGUUAGGAGAGUUAUUCUGCAUCUAAAAAUGUACAAGAUAAUAACAGCUUUAUUAUUUAGAAUAGUUCAGCAAAAGAAGCCAACCCUACAUUGAAUUAAACACCUACACCUAUUAAAAGAGAAAAAGAAAAUCCAAUAACAAGAUUAAGGAAUAAAUCAUAGCCUAAUGGAUAGCGUGGAAUUUAUAAAUCUCCUAAUCUUUAGCCUAUGAUUUUUGCUAAAAAAGAAGAUAAUUUAUCUAUCAAGAAGCCUUUCAAUUUAAAAAACGACAUGAGCUCACUUCUGUAUAAUGAAGAAGAAAAAAUAAAAAAGUCUAACAAAUUUCCCUAAAACUUAGUAGAUAAUAAAAACGAUAAAUAAACCCUUCUUUAGAAAACUUAGAUUCCCUAACAAAUAAAUGGGGAUAUUAAUUAUUAAAAUACAAAUUUAAAUAUGUAGUUAGCUAACUAGGUACCAAUUAUUUAAAGCUAAUAUUAAACAUAGUUGAUUGAUAAUAAUUUAAUUUAGUAAGAUAAUAAUUAAUACAUAAACUAAUAACAACCAAUGAUAAAGUAGCUACCAAAUAAUUAAACCAGCUUUAAUCUUAAUUAUGAAGUAAAUCCUAUCAAUAAUUAAACAGAUAUGAAAACUUAAGAAAUUAAUGCAAAUAGCUAAACAAAAAUACCAAUUAACAAUAAAACAAGCUAAAAAGAUAGAGUUUCUCCAAUAUCAGGUAAAGAUAAAAUUUAAAGAUCUUAAAGCUAUAAAGAUGUUAUUUAAAAUUAAUAAGAUAAAGUUAAAAAUAACAGUUUUAGUACACAAAAAAAUCAACCAACUACUGUUAAGUAAAGAAAUGCUUCUUAGUAUACACCUUCUUAUAAUAAAUAGUAAACUAUUAAUACAGGAUUUUAUAGCCAAAUCUAAAUACCUCCUAAUAAUAACUAAACUAUGUAAAAAAAAACUAAUGAAAACAAAGCUAUAAAUAAUCCCUCUGAGUAGAAAUUUUAAUAACCUGAAAGUCCUCUAAAAUACGUAGAACCUUACUCACCGUUUAAUACAAAUAGAAAUUCCACAAGCUUUAUAUAUGAUUUAAAUAGCUUUAAAAAUAUAUAAUCAUCUUUAAGCGUUGCCCAAUAUCAAUAACAAUGUACAGGCUAAGUUUAGUAAUAAUAAUAACAGCAUUCACAUCAACAGUAAGAAAAUAUUUAAUUUUCUACAUUAAAGGAAUAAAACAAAGGCGAAUUUGAAUCAUCUAAUAAUAAACUAGAUAAAAACGUAAACAAAUAAACAAGCUAAAAUAUGAACAAUCAUAUGAAUUUUAGCAACAACAAAAAUAUAUCAAAUUUAACAAAUAACCCAAGAGUUUUAAAUGAAUAGUCAUUCAAUAUUAAAAAACAACUUAACUAGCAGAUAGACAAAAAAUUGAAAAUGAAUUAAUCAGAUUAAAAUAGCUCAAAAAAAGAGUUACCUAAAAACCCUAUAACAUGUAUGAGAAUUCAUUAAAAAAGUAAUAGCAUUUCAGGUUAAUUGUACGGUGUUAAUAAAUUUUCUUCUAUAUAAAAUUCUAUAAAGUGA